CAUCCACCAUACCAUCAUCGUCUGAAUUCACUAUGGACGACAUCGAUGCAUUUUUCGCCGAACAAGACAGCGCAUGAACCUUCCUGACGAGGAUGUGGAUGAAUACAUUCGUGCACGAUUGGAAGAUUGCCAUAGGAACAGUCAUGUUAUCGAUCACGUUAUUCCCGCACAAGGUCACUCACGCAAAGUGGAUACACACCCUGAACUAUUUUUCACUUCUGACAUGGAAAGGGAAGAGCGGCAGAUCUCUGACAAAGAAUUGCCAGGCAGGCGUUGAAGCGCAAAUACGCAGAACCCGAACCUCCAGUCCAGGGAAGAAGCCAAGGCCAUACGAGAUUCCUGACGUGACCACGUCAGGAGUACCUGUUUCUACCUACUUUUUUUCUCACGUGGUGACAAUACUGAACAUGCCGCAAAGUACGUUGUGUUGACCCUUAUCUCAAUUCGGAUUGAUCAGAUCCCUCCCUUAACUGACACCAUUUG